AUCCCCUCCAGAAUUUUGCCAAAAUAUCAAUUCAAUCCUCUCAUACUACCUCAUCUUUACUUUAACAAACACUUCUUUCCAACUAACAAGGUACCAUGACUCCCAUCAUCUUCAUCGCCGGCGCUACUGGAACACAAGGCACCGCCCUCGUCAAGGCACUCACUUCUUCUGCCUCUCCUCCCAUUAUCCACGCUCUUGCCCGAGAUAUAUCUUCCCCUCAAUCCCAAAACAUUGCAGCCCUUGGUGUCAAACUCUUCCAAGGUAGCUACCAAGACACCUCAGUCCUAACAACUGCCUUACAAGGCGCAACAUCAGCCUUUCUCAACCUCAGCCGCGGUGUCAACGAUGCUGAUCACGAAAUCAACGAGGCAAAGAGCCUUCUAGUAGCCUUCAAAGCUGCUGGUAUCAAACACAUCGUUUAUUCAAGCGCCAUGGCGGCUAAUGACCCAACUAAACUAUUCCGCUACCGAGAAGACUCUUUCGUGGGCAGCCUGAUGCGCAGCAAGCAAGCUAUUGAGAAGGAAGUCCGCAGCGCUGGAUUUGACACUUGGACCAUCCUCCGGCCUGGAAACUUCAUGUCCAACCAUCUGAAGCCGUUGCCGUUUAUUUUCCCCGGUCUUGUGGAAACAGGAGUUUGGUCCACGGUUUACACCAAGGAGACGCGCAUCCCAAUGAUUGACCCAGCUACAAUUGGCGCCUUUGCUGCGGCGGCCCUCCUCGACCCUCAGCGCUUCCACAAAGACGAGAUUCCUCUAUCAGAUGAGUUCUUGACGGUGGAGGCCUUGCUGAGCACUCUAAGCCGUGUCAGUGGAAGACAACUCACGGCGACGUUUAUGAGCGACGACGAGAUCGAAAGCAAGCUUCCCACCAUGCCUGUGCUUGAAGCUCAGAUCAACAUGCGCAACAUGGAUAUAUAUGCAGACAUGGACAAGCUCAAGACGUACGGUAUCAAAUUGAGUUCGUUUGACAGCUUUAUCGACGGACACGCAAGCCAUACCAGAACCGCUUAUGCCAAACAGGGAUAG